AGACCUGGCAACCUACCUCAUAAAAAACAUUGCCAAGAAAAUUAUGGACAGUCUCUCGAGCAUGGCGAGAGAUGGCCAUAGAAUCACCGAAAGUCAGAUAUGACUGGAAAGGGCUGGGCGAUAUGGCAAAAAUGGAUUUCAACAAAAAUAUCUCAAUUUGCGUUCCGAAGAUUAACGAAGGUCUUACGGGUGUGGAACGGCAUGAGGAAAAAAAAAAUUAUGGAGUCAAAAUGGUCUAGAGAUAUCGACACGCUUCCAUGGAGUGACCAUAAAGGCCAUUGCCCCUCUGUGUCUGAGGUACAUUUGUCAAUAUUAACUGUUUGUUUUUCAACUCCAUGUCAUCAUACAUCUCUCAAUCUCAAGAAUCAUUUGUAAACAUGGGAGGUAGCCUAGAUUUUCAGUCUGGGGUCCAUUCAGUUGAAGAAUCUAAAUGUAUAUUAAAAACAAAUAUUAUAAAAACAUAAAAAUAAGUUUUGAUAGUGUAGACUCAUAGCUGAUUCAUGCAAUAACAUUGCCUUGUUAUUUAUGUAACAGGAGCAAAGGUCAUUUAUACAAUCAUAGAUCAGAGAUCAUGAGUGUUUUUCUGUUUUGAUGAGGUGGGUCUCUAAUUUGUUUUUCAAAUAAUAAAAAAAUGAGAUUAAAGGGUCUUUGUAUGUCAACAAGCCUUCACUGAUGAAAUCAGUGGAUCACAUUGCAUAACCUUUCAAAAUCACAACAUGAAUUUUAGGAGAGGACAUACAUUUUCCAUAUAGACCUAGAGCUACUCUUAUAACUUUUUAGGAAAUGUGUUUUGGAAAGUAUACCUGACUGUAGUGAAAAAAACAGAUGUUUUUAUAUAUUCUGUAUAAUAUUCAGUAAGCUAACACUGAAAUAUGACAAGCUGUGUACGAUUUGGGCUAUAUUAGAAAUCACAAGGCAACAUCUGCUGCCUCCUGGUGGAGAUGUCGAACAUAUUUUCCAUCUCAAACCUAUGAAUGCUAUAAUUUUGUAAAGUAGCCUAUAAAAAUAUUUUUGGAAUCGCGAGAAUCUGAUUUAAAUGGUCAUUCUGAGCUAUGAUGUCACUUUCAAGAAUCUUUUAAGACAUUAUAACUGAAUAAUAAAAUACAAAUCCAUAUUUAUUUUAAGUGAUGAUACAUCAGGUAAACUUAUAGUAGUUAGGAACCAAGGUAUAAUUUGCAGUGAUUGGAUUUUAGAUGGUUUAUUAUUAUUAUUAUUAUUAUUUAAAAAGUUGCCACAAUAUUGGCUACGUGAAAUGUAUCGGCUGAUUUUAUUUAAUCUGGGAUUGCUGGGGAUGGGUAAAUAUAUUCAACAAAAUCUUAAAGUUAACAUAAAACGGCAUCUGCAAUUUGUAUUAGAUUAUAUACAUAGCUUCAUUAUUUAAUGAACUUUCUGUACUUUAUUUAGGCCUACAUUUUAGCUUAUGGGAGUCAAUAAAUUGGACUGACAAGUUUAAGUUUUCUAUAAAUUCUCUGUUCUAUACAUGUCUACAAAUAAUGCUUAUGUUGUCAAAAGUUUCCUCUGUUCUUAAACAGUUGAAUCGGUUUUAUAUAUUCUCAUCAUCAUACAAGAGAAAUUGGGGUAAAAUCCAAUAGUAUCCAGCUGCAGAUCAGUACGAGCUUUCCUUUCCGCUAGCGACCAAGAACUGUUCUUUAUUGCAAUCUGCUCUACUUCGGAGUGUACGGACUCGUCCAAAGAGUAGCAUGUGUGUUUUACCCUUACAAUAACGUUGUGGGUGCUCAGAAAUGAUUAAUUUGCUCAUUUUUUGUCUUCAACCAUAUCAGAAUGAUACUACCAAAAUGAAACAUGAGUUUAUAAUGUGAACGUUCUCAAAUAUAAUACUGACAUCCCAUUCUCAGAUACAUGAGUCCCCCCUACAGUCUAGUGGUGGACUCGUCCAUUGACAGCGGAGCAGAGCUGUGUGUGUGGUGUCAGGUCUCUCGCUCAAUGAUGAGGUUUCAAGUGCGCCUUUGAGAUGUUAUGGAGUCUGUAGAAUAUUCUGCAAUUUUUAACUUUUUCGAUUUCCUUUUAUUAAAACAACAUUCCAACUUUUAGAGUACAAGAUCGACGUGUAAGCGUGUAAGCGUACCUUAUUUAGUUUUUGUUUGUAUAUGCAAGCUUCUGUGAGUUUUUUUUUUUUUUUUUCAUGGCGAAAAUGUUGAAAGUUUUGUGAGGACACUCCUUCUUCAGACGGACUAAGGCUACAGCUGACAAAUUGGGGGACAUUUCAGCUCUGUCAUUUUCUUAGAGGGAGCAGCAAGGGUCUGGGAAAAGUCUCUGAGAGAGUUUCAUCAUGGGUAAACAGAACAGCAAGUUGCGACCCGAGGUCCUCAACGACCUGCGGGAGAACACGGAGUUCACGGACCACGAGCUGCAGGAGUGGUACCGCGGCUUCCUGAAGGACUGUCCGUCGGGCCACCUAACGGUAGAGGAAUUCAAGAAGAUCUACGCCAAUUUCUUUCCCUACGGUGAUGCUUCGAAGUUUGCGGAGCACGUGUUCCGCACCUUUGACACCAACGGCGACGCCACAAUCGACUUCCGGGAGUUCAUAAUCGCUCUGAGCGUGACCUCGCGCGGAGGCCUGGAGCAGAAGCUCCGCUGGGCCUUCAGCAUGUACGAUCUGGAUGGCAACGGAUACAUCAGCCGAGCUGAAAUGCUGGAGAUCGUACAGGCAAUUUACAAAAUGGUGUCAUCUGUGAUGAAGAUGCCCGAGGAUGAGUCAACGCCAGAGAAACGCACAGAUAAGAUAUUCCGACAGAUGGACACGGACAACGAUGGCAGACUGUCUCUGGAGGAAUUCAUCAAAGGUGCCAAGAGCGACCCCUCUAUCGUCAGACUACUGCAGUCUGACCAAAGCACCUCUCGACAGUUAUAAAUACAGGUCUUAAAAGCAGCUGACCGGCAACCACUCACAUGCACACUGAAAAGGCAAGAUUAUUUGAAAAAUAGUUGAUGCCGUUAUCAAUGAUAAAUUUCUAUCUUUCCUGCUUUAAAAGUUUCCUUGUUCAUGGGUGGUCACCUGUUUCAUCAGUAUUCCAGCCUGUUUUUAUUUUGAUGUAAUUCUGUUGGCAUUGGCAUUGCUGAGCUGUCAUAACGUCUGGGCUGGGUCAACAUUUGAAAGACCCUUUGAAAUCAGUUGUCAAAAAUCCACUUUUAGCAGAUAUUCACAUUUUAAAACUUGCUCUUCUUAUGAUUGGUUGCAUUACACAGAUUUUUGUCAAAUCAAAUGCUGUCUAGAUUGAUUCUGCAGAAUUGUCAAGUUACUUCAUAGUGUCUUUAAGUGAUGACUAAAAAUAUUUAUAUUUUCAAUGGUUUGCAUUCCACUUAAAAAGUGUAAAUGACUAGUCAGUACCACGUGCAAAUUCCCAGAAUGGCUAUUAGGCCAAAACAUGGGGCCUCAUUUAUAAAACGUGAGUAUGCACAGAUUUGAGAGUUGGAGUACUGCAGGUAUUUGGAAAUCUAAGCAAUUCUUGCCUCUCGCCAUUCUCAAGUAAAGGAUUUGGAUGUUGACUGGUGCUCUUUUAUAUGUUAAUGACAUUAAUUAGGUAGCGUUUACAAGGUUUUCGUUCUCUAAAUCACAUGUACGCACAUUUGAGAAAUGAUCGUAAGAUCAAAUGUAGGUUUUUAUUUUAUUGCUGUUUCUACGCAAUAUUUUAUAAAUGAGGCCCAUGAGGUUCUGCUUGUAAAUAUUCCAUUUGUUUUGCAUUCAAUCAAGCUAAAAUAUCUCCAGAGCACUAUUUACAUUCCUUGAUGUGUUCUAAACUUGAUCACCAUAGUAUUUGUGCUAGGUGUUUUUGGUUGGAUGUUGGGUUUUAUGCAUCAGGUAGUCUAGCUGCAUUUGGUGCAGCCUGCUGUCCGGCCAAUGAUGUUCGACUUUAACUUUAUUUUAAAAGGAAAGUAUUGCAUCUUUUAGUAUGUAACAGAACAUGCCAACAGUUUAGGGUCAGUAAGUUUUAUUUGUGUAUUUUUUUUGAAGGAAAAUACUUUUAUCCAGCAGAGUGUUACAUUUUCUAUAUUGUCACAAAAGUUUUCAAAUAAAUGUUCCCUUGAACUUUCUAUUCAUCAAAGAAUUCUGAAAAAAAAAAAAAAAAAAAUACAAAAAUACAUUGUUUCCACAAAAAUAUUAAGCACAUGGCUGCUGAAACCAGCUUUGCAAUCACAGGAAAAAUUAAAAUAUAUUAAAAUGGAAAACAUUUAUUUUAAAUUGUGUGAAAUAUUUCACAGUAUUGCUGUUUUUACUGUAUUUUUGAUCAAAUAAAUGCAGCCUUGGUGAGCAUAAGAGAUUUCUUUCAAAAAAAAAAAAAAAAAAUCUUACUGAAACUAAACUUUUGAACUGUAAUGAAUGCCCACUGUUGGGUGCUGAGGUUUCAUUUCCAUUGUAUUUUGAUUUCAUACAUAGCUUUUAGAUUUUAAAUCAAUACAAAUGCACUAGAAUAAGCAGGUCAGAAACGUGCAAUAUAAUCAUGCAUAAUUACUUUUCUGCUUCGUUUUGGUUUCAAUUCUAACAUAAGCAGACAAACUUUUCACAGCCAUUUCUGCCCUUUAGGUUAAAAACCCCUAGCAACCAUCACCCUUUAGGCUACUCAUUAAUAUUUGAAGGCUGUUGUCUGUUUGGACAUAUGGCACAGAUAGAAUGGCAGACAGACGGUUAGUUUCUAUUUGUCCUUUCACCAGUCCAGUGUCAACAUGAACAGUAGCGAUUCUGUUAGAUAAGCAGCUCCAUGGAAUGCAACAGUAAUACUAAGUGUCUUCAAGUUUCUGUUAAUGGAAACAUUGAAUAAUGCUCUUAAUUUGCUCUUUUGCAUGUGUGGUAUUUCAGUGCUCCCUUAGUAUUUUUUUCUCCAUAAAAUGAUUGAAGUAAAAUGCCAAAACUAAUGUUUGUACUGGAUAUAUAUAUUAGCUUUGAGUCAUUUCUAAUUUUGUAUAGUGUUAAUUGUGAAAAAAAAAAAAAAAAAAAAAUUGUAUACUGCAGCUGGGAUUGGAUGUCCAGCCAUAUUUUUGUCAAGCCAAAGCAUCAGUGCGAAUCUGAAUGUUGCCUCUUUACAACUGAACAGUGUAUUUGUCUGCAUGAAGUCUCAAUAAACCACUGAUUCAUAGGC